GCUCCUGCGCACUGGGGCUCUGCCGACCCGCGCUGUCUGGGCAUCAUGGCCACUUCCCGCUUACCCCCAGCGACGUUAACGCUAAAGCAGUUCAUGAGACGGCAACAAGUUCUCCUCCUCUACAGAAGGAUUUUGCAGGCCAUUCGGCAAGUUCCCAGUGAUUCUGAUCGCAAGUACCUGAAGGACUGGGCAAGGGAAGAAUUCAAAAGGAACAAAAGUGCCACCGAAGAGGAUACAAUCCGGAUGAUGAUUACUCAAGGCAACAUGCAGCUCAAAGAGUUAGAAAAAACACUUGCUUUAGCCAGAUCUUAACUAUAGCAUUAUUCUGAAAGGUUUUCAAAGGCUCGAUGUGUUUAGUUGAGCUUAGGCUCAACAAUGGGCAGCCCAAAACCAAGUGAAACUGUUUGUGUGUAGAGCCCUUGAGCGAAAUAUCAGAACGUGGAGCAUGGCAUAUCAAAGAGAGCCAAGAAAAGUACAUCUUAGCGAUUGUCUCAGCGCUGGAAAACACACCUUGUGUUUUGAAAAUGUUUCUGGGUGCGUCAGCAGUUUUUUUAAGAAGCAAAAAUCAGUACAACAGAUACCACAUAAAAAGAUGUUCAACACCACUAACCAUCAGGAAAAUGCAAAUCAAAAGCCCCAAGAGAUACUAUUCACAUCCACUAGAAUGGCUGUAAUUAAAAAGGGAGAUAAUUGUAAAUGUUGGGGAGGAUGUGGAGAAAUUGGAACCCUUACACAUUGCUGGUGGGACUAUAACAUUGUUCAGCUACUUUGGAAAACAGACUGUCAGUUGCCCAUUAUUCACAAUAAUGGGCAAUUAUGAAUUAUUCAUAAUAGCUAAAAAAUAGACAGUCCAAAUGCCCAUCAACUGAUUGAUAAGUAAAAUGUGGUAUACCCAUGCAAUAAAGUAUCUAGCAAAC